AUGGCAAGUUUAUUUCGAACAAAUUUGUUGAGGUCAAUAAGACCUAUGUACACAUUAGCAAAAGUACCUAAAACAUUGACUGCAACAUUAGCGAUUCGUACAGCACCUACGCGUCUAAACUUUAGUCUUCCUAUUUCUCGUAGGUUUACCGCGACAGGUCUUCGGUUAAACACUGUACCAGUUCCAAAAGAUAUUCAAGUUGAUAAAGAAUUGGCUGUUAAAUUAGAAGAAGAACUUAAAUAUGAAAAAGGAAUUGAACCUCAAAAAGAACCAGAAUUUUUAAAAAAUUUUUUAUCAAAGAAUCCAUUUAAAAUUGAAGAUAAAUCAGGUAUAAACGAAGUUGCGUUGACAAGAACUUUUGGAAAUGAAAAGAUUCGUUUACUUUUCGAUAUCAAUACUUCGGAUCAGCAAACAGAACCAUUAUCAUUUCCAGGCGAUGAAGACGAAGAAAAUUCUCAGUCAGAAGAAGAAACGGAUGAUGAGGAUGAAGAUGAGCAAUCGUUGCCUGUUAGAUGCUCUAUCUCUAUUGAAAAGGCUGGAAAAGGUGCAUUGGCAAUUGAAUCAAUAAUUGCCGAUGGUGUUUUCCUCAUAAAUUACGUGUCAUAUUACCGGGACGCGAACGUAGCAAAUGAUUGGACAGCAGAAGCAGAUUGGAAGAGAAGGGGGUUCUAUCCUGGACCACAAUUUGAAACAUUAGACAAUGAUGUUCAGGUUCUUUUUGAAAAAUAUUUGGAAGAACGUGGAAUCAAUACAGCUGUUGCUGUAUUUAUUCCAAAUUAUGUUGAAUAUAAAGAACAAAAAGAAUAUUUGACAUGGCUUGAAAAAGUAAAAAAAUUUAUUGAAUCUCCAUAA